AUGGCGAUACUUGUGGCGGGUUCAAUUAUGUUCAUACAACAAAGAGAGCACAAGAAGAAACUCGCACUAGCAGCACAACUUGAAAAAGAAGAGGAAGAAAGGAAGAAAGAAAAACGCAGAAAAAGGGCUGCAGAAAGAGAGAAAGCUAAACGAUUAAAAAAAGAAAGAGAAGAGCGACGUAGGAAGCAGCGUGAAGAGGAUGCUGAGAUGAUGAUGAAAUUCGACGACUACUUGAAAACGCAGGUGGAAACGCAAAUUCAGCCCGCUGAUGGUGAACUUGUGCCAAAAAAGAGUAACACCCCUACAACUGAUGACGAGGUUCUAAAGAAAAUGGGUGCGAUGAACAUGGCUGUUGAUCUCAUGGCAAAGAAUGAGGAAGCUGAAGAGAAAGAAGGACAAUAA